AUGGUUGUUUCAUCGUUCUGGGCACAGAGCCGGGAGCUGGAGCUGCACGCAGUGGGUGGGCAGUGGCAUGAUCUGGUGCCACACGCAACGUCCGGUUUAGCAGAUGCCCAUGCAGCUCUUCGAGCAAGCAAUUAUCGUGUGCUCAUGGUUAUGGGGGCGUCGCAACAGUCACAUGUUUAUUUUUCGCGCACCUGGUGCUCUUAUGAGUGGGCACUGUGCUUGGACUCCUCGACUCUCGCUGUGGAUAUUGCGGCCAUGAAUCAGGACGUGGAGAUCAUUACAAGUGGACUGACGACCUCAGAAGUAUGCUCCAAUAAGUACUAUCCCGGCAGUGGGGUCAGUGCCAAAAACUCCCGAGAAGCAAGCUUCCCUUUGGAGGUGGUGAAGGAAGCCCUUGCCUUCAACUUGAACAAGACUCAGACGAGCAGCGAAGUUGACCGACAGCGGCUGAUGCGCGGAUUCGUUGACAUCGCACAGCCAGAGGAGGACACCGAUGGUUUGCAAAAGAUGACAAGGCGGCUGCGGAGCUUCCUGCUGCUGUUGCUUUGGCAGAAUGUCCUUGUCCAAGCCAGCAGAGACAAGGACUACAUGUGCGUACUUAGUGAUGUGGCGAAAGGUAUUCAAGGAGACUGGUGGCGCAGGUCCUUGCGGUUGAGCCUAGCCGGAUGUGACUUCUCCAGUGAAAACGUGCUCACCAUGGGCAUGCAGAGCCUGCCAAAGAGCCUCGAGAUCCUGAAGCUGGAUCUGCAGUUCACAGGUCUGGACGAUGGCAGCCUGUCAACAGUGGCACAACAGCUGCCGGAAUGUCUUCAGAGCUUUACCCUGGACAUUUCGGGCUGCCAUGUCACCGACAAAGGCGUUUUGUCCUUCUUGAAGAAGCUGAAUCCGGAUCUGGCUGAAGUCACCUUAAAGAUGCAGCAUACCAAUGUGUCGAAAGGUCUAUUGGCAUUGAGUAGAGACGGGCCAACCGCCUUGCAAAAGUGGGCUCUGCUCUCUCACCAAGAGCGAGCCGAAGCAUUGGCUGCUAAGCUGGAAAUCAUCGAGCGAAAGAAGAAUCCAUCUGUGGCUCCGACUCCGGCGCACGUGCACAAGAAGGCCGCGCUCGAGAGCUUGUUGAACUUGGCUCCCUCCAAGAUUUCCGCGGACGUUCUGGAACAUGUGAAAGCAGACCUCGCUGCCUUGGAGAAAAGCAUCGAGAAGGCGAAGCUCAUGGACCUGAAGCGACGUGAGGAGCUCAAAGAUGCACUCAUCGAGAAGUUCAAGACACGCUUCGGGGGCGGCUCCGUCCUGAAGGAUGCGGACGAGAUGUCGGUUUCUUCGGCAGCAAUCAGGAACGAGGUGGAUCGCUUUGCCAAGACGGCAGCAGUGACAGAAGCCAACCUUAUGCGGCUGGAGAGGCGCUUGCAUGGCCGAGCUCAAAAGCGCGUCGCCGACGACAGCCAGUCUAUGAUCUCGGGAGUGUCUGCCUACACUGGCAUGUCACGUUCUCGCAGCGCGACAUCUCUGGCUGGUAGGGAAAUGGUGGGAGGCAAGCCCGAGCUGCCGUCGUCCUAUGACUGGACCCGACUGGAUGAAUAUGCGUCAUACCUGCAUGAACAAGAUGCCUUGCGCCAACAGCUGGGUGUGAAAGCAUUGCAACGAAAAAUGCGAAUGGAUCUUGAUCAGCAGGUGGCCGAGAAAUCCAAGAGGAAGGUGGAUGCAACUGAGGAGGAACGCCGUUACCAUGAGAAUUCUCUCAUGGAGCUCGAGCGCUGGAAAGAGCAAGAGCAAAUUCGACAGGACGAGAAGCAGGAGCGCGUCAUGAAGGAGAAAUCCGACCGAGAUGCGCAGCUGCAGUACGAGCGCAAGCUCAAAGACGAGGAGACGCAAAAGAGGAAAGAUGAAGAAGCGUCCCUUGUUGAGAAGAUCGUAAACGAGAUGGAAACGGAGCAGCGGCGCUAUGAGCGGAAGAAGGAGCAGACUAAGAAGGCUAUGCGAAAAGUAUUCGAGGAGAACAUGGAGGAUCAGCGGAAGAGAGACAAAGCAAAAAAAGAAGCCAUGGAGAAGGAGGCUGAGACAAUCAAGGAAUACAACCGGCUGCUGGAUGAGCAAGAAGAACAGCGUGCACAGGAGCUGUCAGCACGCAUGGAGCGACAGGCAGAAUUGAUGAAGAAGUUGCUGGAGAAUGUAGACACAGUGAAGAAGGGAGCCGGCGACAAUGACGCGCAACGAGCAGCCCUGCAGGCAGAAGAGCAAGACAGGCAUUACUUCGAAGCAGAGUCCGUAAAGCAAAAUCGCUUGCAGCAGAUGCGAUUUGAGAACCAAGCCUAUCUGCUCAAGCAGAUGGAAGAAAAGGACUCACGAAAGAACGAGGACAAGUAUCUCCAACAGAUUCAAGCACAGAUCCUGGAGCGAGAUGCAGAGGAGUACAACGCCAUCGAGAAGCAGAAAGUGGUCGAUCGUCGCCUACGGAAUCUCGAGCAUCGCAAGGACAUAGAGCGACAGAUCGAGUACAAAGCGCGCCAGUCUGUUCCAGAGAUGAGUGAAGCAGAGAUUCAGCUAAACAGGCCUCUCCUACACCUGGUGGAGCAGACACUACAGACGCGGGAUGAGAAUUUGAAGAAGGCGCAAGAGAUGGCACCAGUGCUCGCUGAGGACCUGGAUGGCGACAUGUGA